CAUUCUACACCUGCAUGCCGACCAGAGGCCAAAUUGGACCCGUAGGGUAUCAAUUAUAGGUCAUAGAACCCAUCGGCAUGGAAUACAGGGUUAGAUAUGUCGACAGAGGACUGAAAAUACUGGUAGACAGGUGGAUUGCAGGUGGAUCGCACGAUGUUGCGUUGCACUAACGACAUAAAACCAAGUCGUCCCAAAGCCCAACAAUCCACAUCCAGAUCAUAUUUUUACCACCAAAAGCAAUGGAUACACCUAGUAAAGCAGGUCGAUUGGUUAUGGCUAUUAAGGCUAUGGAAAAUGACCAAAAGCUUAGUGCGGGGAAAGCUGCAAGCUUAUACAACGUCAGUUAUGUUACAUUACCGCGUCGACGACGCGGUAUUAAAUCACGACUUGAUUGCACGCCCAAUUCUAUGAAGCUAACAAAACUAGAAGAGGAGGUCAUUAUCCAAUACAUUCUUGACUUAGAUUCACGAUCCUGUGCACCACGGCUUGGUGGUGUGGAAGAAAUAGCCAACAGACUACUUGCAGAGCGCAACGCGCCAAAGGUUGGCAUCCACUAGGCGGAAA